AUCGAGCACUACAUUAUCUCUGGCAAAUUAUUCGUAUUUAGGCACAUUUAUUUGUUUUAAUUUGAUUUCGACUUAUUUGCCGAUACCGUUGACCACGGACCUUUAGUGUAAUGCGAACGGUCAUCAUAUUCAUAAUGAAUUUUUUGCUCACGAGUGUAGUACUAGUUGUGGUGGUUCUGUGUUUCAGCAAAUCGAACAGCCAAUAUGUCGCGACAUCUACAGUAACACUAGACAUACCUAAUCAAGGCACAAUUCAGGGUGAUUACGAGACAACAUUAUGGUCUCAGCAGACAUUCAUGCGUUUUCGCGGCAUACCAUUUGCUGAGUCACCGCGUGGUCCAUUACGUUUUAAGGCCCCUAUUAAACGUCUGCCGUGGCGUCAUGUUUUCGAUGCCACAACAUAUGGACGCCGCUGUCCAGUUAUUACCACAGUCUCCCAACAUAGCGACACUGAACUAAAACAGGAUUUGGAAGAUUGUUUAAAUUUAUGUGUUUACACCAAAAAUCUGACAGCUGCUAUGCCAGUUAUGUUUUACAUUUAUGGUGGCGGUUUUUAUAAUGGUUCAAACAUCGAUCAUCCCCCACGACAUCUGUUGGAAAAAGAUGUAGUUUUAGUAGUGCCCAAUUAUCGUGUCGGAGCUUUAGGAUGGUUAUCUACUCUAAAUAAAGAUAUGCCAGGUAAUGCUCCAGUUGGUGAUUUACUUUUGGCUCUACAAUGGGUUCAAGAUUAUAUACACUUAUUUGGUGGUGAUCCAAAACAAGUGACUAUUUUUGGUCAAAGUGCUGGUGCAGCCAUGUCCGGUGCCUUGUUAUUAAGUCCUAAUACACCAAUGGAAUAUUUCCAGAGGUCAAUUGUACAAUCUGGUUCGAUAUUUGGUACAUGGGCUAUAAAUCGAGAACCAUUACAACAAGUACAACGCAUAUGCUCGGCUUUAGAGUGCGAUAAAUGUGAAAGUAAGGAAGAACUUUAUGAGUGCUUAAGUAAUGUUAAAGUUCCUAAGCUUUUGGAAGUCACCGAAUCGGAAUCAUUUUCACCUAUUAUGGGUGACUUUUAUGGAAUUUUACCACAUGAACCAGAGCGUUUGUUAAAAGAUUUUAAUAGAUCAAUACCUUUGAUGACGGGAUUUACUAAACACGAUGGUUCUUUUGUAUUGGCCUCUUAUUAUGAUAUAAUGAAAUCACAUACAGAAAAUCUCAAUACUAUUACUGUCAGAGACUUUGCUAAAGGAUUAAUAGAAAUGACAAAUGAUGGUUCUGGACUUUCAAAAAAUCUAUUAACAAAGCUUUUGUUUACAAAGAAUCUGCUAGAUAGCAAUGAUCACAAAAAUGCAACAGCAGCAUAUUUUGAUCUUACCAAUAUAGUAGCUAUGAAAUCCCCUGUCAUAACUUUGGCCAAGAAUAUGCUGUAUAAAAACUUAGCACCCGUUUAUUUAUAUAGUUUUGAUUAUGAAGGGUCUAAUACACGAUUUGGUUAUGAAUUUGGCAAUGCACAUUAUCCAUUUGAAGGUGGUGUUCACCAUUCAAAUGACAAUAUUUAUUUAUUUUCAACACACCACUUGAAUGCCGAAGAUACGAAAAUGGCUAUGAAAAUGGUAGAGAUAUGGACAUCAUUUGCCAUCGAGGGAAAGCCAAAAAUUCAAAGCGAUAUUGAAAUAUUGCCUAUGAAAACUGAUAGUGGGCCAUAUUUUCAUAUCAACUGUGAUAUUACCUUGGGCCAAGAUGUCUACGAUGAACUUACCAGUACCAUAGAUGAUCCAAAUAAUGAUAGAUUAAUAAGAAAAUAUGUAGAAUUUUAAAUUUUGUUUACUUGUUUUGUUUACAGUACUUGCUUAAAAUAAAAUAAAAUGUAAUUUAUGUUUUAUAUUUUAAGCUUAAUAAGCAUUUUAUUGGACUAAAUUUGUAUUUGAUUAUAAAAAAUAGUUUUUUUUGUUAUUUUGUAUUAAUAUAGUACAUUAUAUAAAAAUUAUUAUAUGUAUUCGUAUUAGUUAAUUAAAUUAAUUACACAUAAAGGAAAUGGAAAACAAUAAAACACACAA